AUGGAAGAAGACGUCACUCCUUCCUCCUCGUAUUUGGAUUUGGACGAUCCAUUCGACACUGUAAACUGUUCUGUUAAGACCAAAACUCCUACUGGCUCAAACGACGGAAGUGAAUCAGGCGAGCUGACUGAUGAGUCGCGAGAUGAGAAAGAAGAAAGUACAUCGAAGGUGGUUGUGAAAGAAGAAGAAGAAGAAGAAGAAGAAGAAGGAGGAGAAGAAGAAUGUCCUCGUGAGAAAGAAGUAUUCUCAGCUUGGUGUGGGGGUGCUGAUCCACCGGAGGAGCAGAUAUCUAGAAGUAUGCUCGAUAUGCCGUCACUCUGGAACUUUAGCCCCACAACUUGCAAACUAGAAGAUAUGUUUGGAAAUGAGGAAAACUGUGUGUCUCCGCAUAUUUUGAAAUCUUUUUCGGAUGACAUCUUAUCUUCAGAUGUAUCUUUAAUGCAGACCGUUCCGGAUUGUCAGUUGGUGGAUUUGGUAACCACAACUGCCCGUCUAGUUCAUGAACAUGAACGAUUGAUCAAUAGUCGCGUCAAGUUGUUGGAGUCUAUGAAGGAAAUGCACAAGCUAGAAAAAGAGGCUACAGUGAAAGCUAUUUCUGAGGUCAAUCAAGAACAAAGUAACGAGCAUACCAAGCAGAUAGUUGCUGAAAUGACAGCAAAACUUGAAAGUCUUGGAGAAGACGAUUUAGACGAAAAAGAAAACUUUGAACCUUUUCCUUCUCUUCUGGAUGGAUCAUCACCUAGAGCCUUAAUGCAUCCUUAUGCUGUCCCUCCACCGGAUACAGCUCGUCCACCACCUUUAAGUCAUCUAGUCGCACCUACCCUUCCACCUCUUAUCCCGGACGUAUCAAGGCCUCCACCUGCAAUUCCAAAGCGAUUGGGUCCUGAUUGUUCUUUCUCAUACCCUCCACCCGCAGCUUUUAUAAGAUCUCCAUCUUUGUUACCUGUACGGAUAUCUCCUCAAAUCACUGCUCAAGGACGUGCAGUUGCCCCUCCACCUUUCACACCAAUGAUGCCUCCACCGCCGUUCUUCAUGCCACAAUUCCCAGGAGGUCCAAACAUUUGCGUCCCCCCUCCACAAGCUCAGUCUUUUGUGAACCCAACAACUGCUUUCAUGGCGCCAAGGAAACGAGUACUGGGCGCCAAUGACGACAGAUGGACUUCCUCAGAUAGAAGUUAUUACAUGGGAAGAAGAGGACCAUCGCCUACGGGAAGAUCUGGGUAUUCAGGGAACUCCUCCCCAGCUUCGCCUUCUGUUUUAAAAGAACCCUGUGUAAAGAAGGAGCGUGAUCUCUGA